AUGUUGCCUCUCUACUCGGGCCUUGUGGCCUCUGCUCUCUUCGCAGUUCCAGUGUUGUCUAUGACCAGCUAUCCAAACGAAUUCUUUACUCCUGAAACCGUUCUCGACUCGAGUUGGGUAGCAAAUGCCAAGUGGGCACAGGCCAAUGCCAUCGAGGAUGCGAAAUUUGUCGCUGCUCAAGGUCCCUGGACUGUAACCUCAAAGCCUAUCAUCGCACCCACUGGCGACAAGCACGAUUACAUGAGUCUUCGGCCGUAUUACUGGCCUGACUGCUCGAGUGUUGGGAAUACUACAGUACUCACCAACGAACAAAUUUAUACCACCUGCCCUUAUGUCCGUCGUGAUGGCCAGUUUAACCCCGAUGCUCGCAUGGUCAAUGACACUGGUGCAUUCCAAGCCAUGACCGACAGCAUUUUCUACAAUGCUCUUGCCUGGUCUUUCACCAAGGACUCGACGUACUCGAGCAACAUUGCUAACGCAAUCAACACCUGGUUCCUCGCACCGGACACUUACAUGAACCCCAACCUGAACUACUCUCAGCUACUUCGAGGACCCGGAGAACAAAAGGGUAGCCAGACGGGUGUUUUGGAUCUGAAGUGCAUGAGCAAGCUUACUUCGGGCGUGUUGGUUUUACGAAAGGGCCAAGCACCCGAAUGGACUAAAGAGCUCGAUGACGGUCUUAAUGCAUGGGUGAAUCGAUACAUUGUUUGGCUUACGACCCACGAGCUCGCACUCGGAGAGCGAUCUGCACCCAACAACCACGGUACUUUUUACUUCAACCAGCUAGCAUCGCUUCAAGUGCUCGUCGGCGAUAUGGAAGGAGCCAGGGCCACCAUCAACGAUUACUUCAACGGCAUUUACCAAGACCAAAUCGCCGCCAACGGAGACCAACCUCUCGAAACUGAUCGUACCCGCCCGUACCACUACCGUGCAUACGCUCUCGCCGGCAUGGUCAUCAAUGCCAAGAUCGGCGAGUACGCUGGGCUUACAGAUGCCUGGAACCGAACCAGCAAGUCCGGUGCGGGGAUCAAGCAGGCCUGCGAUUAUGCUAUGACUAUACCCGCAACUGGCGAAGAAGAUUAUACCAAGGAGUUAUUCCCUCCUAUGGCUGCCAUUGCGAGCGUGUACGGCGAUGCGGACGGCAAGUAUGCUGCUUUCCUCAAGGAAAAGGAUCCGAGUUACCCUGGAAGCGGAUACUACCUUAUUGCUCCCGGUCUUAGUGACUCGGGUCUGACUCCACCUGCGAGCUUGGUCAACUCAACUUCUGGCGGCUCCGGUUCCUCCUCUUCUUCAGGCAACAACAACAAUAACAAUAGCGCAAUGAAGAUGGGCGCGUCGGGUGUCCUAGGUGCAUUGGUCGGCCUCGUCGCCGCCACGUUGGCUUCCGCGCUCUAA